AUGACUAUAGAAAAUGAUGAGGCUACUACUAAUUCAGAAAUUGAAGAGAAUGAAGCCAUUAAGAGAAAUAACACAGAGUAUGAAUGGGAAAUCAUAUCUAGGUUGCAUCAUGGUCAAAAUAUACAAUUUUUAGAAAUAGAUAUGUUGGGGAGAAGAGACAUUGAUAGACAUACAGAUUGGUUUGCUGAUUAUCAAGGUGUAUCUAUGAUUCUUGUAGGAGAUUUGGGCCAAUUGCCUCCAGUUAAUGACAAACCAACAUAUACCAGUAAUAGACGAGAAAAGCUACUAUGGGAGGAAUUCAAAAUUGUGGUUACUUUGGAUAAAAUAUUCAGACAAGAUGGAGAAAAUAUCCAACAACAAAUAUUUCGUCAACUUUUGACAAAUCUAAGGGAUGCAAACCCACAAAUUGAUGAUUGGAAGCUUCUUGCAACAAAAGCAGGAAGUGUUAAUGUAGCAGAAGAUUGUUCAACUGAUGAAUUUGAUCUAGAGUUAUUGAUCAGUAAGAAUGCAAGGGUCAUGCUAACUUCAAAUCUCUGGAUACAAGUAGGUCUUGUAAAUGGUGCUUUGGGAUAUGUUCAAAAAAUUGUCUACAAGACAGGAAGUGCUCCACCUAACCUACUGACAUAUGUGAUGGUUGACUUUGAUAAUUAUUUAGGAUUACCAUUUGAAGAUCAUCAUCCAAAUACAAUUCCAAUAAUAGCAAUACAAAAGGGAAGAACACUUCAGCUACCAUUGAGAUUGGCAUGGGCAUUGACUAUACAUAAAUCUCAAGGAUUGACUCUUCCAAAAACAACUAUCGAUAUAGGACCGAGGGAAAGAACUGGAUUAAUAUUUGUUGCAGUAUCUCGAGUAAACUCUUAG